AUGAGAGUUGGUAAUAUCAAAGGAAGGUAUGGUAGAAAGUCAUCCCUUGCAGCAAUACUGAACCAUCAUCGUACUUCAUUGAAUCCGAUAUUCGAUGAUCUCCCGGAUGUUGUACUGGUGGAGAUUCUUUGUCGACUCCGUUGCUAUAAGUUGGUUUAUCAAUGCAAGUGCGUGUCAAAGCGUUGGUGCACUCUCAUAUCGGAUCCGUAUUUCAUUGGCCGCUUUGUAUCUCUACAAAGAGAAUAUCAUCAUCAGCAAACGCCAAUCAUUCUAAUAAACAAAAAGAGAGAUUUGCUCAAUAGAAUGUCCGAUCCCCUGAAGCCUUUUUUCAGAAGAUUCAAGAAGUUUCAUGGCGAUUUGAUCCAGCAAGAGCCGGAGGUGGCAGGUACGUAUAAUGACUUACUUUUGUGUUACACAGGACAGUAUUAUGAACGUAAUUACUACAUCUGCAAUCCAUACACCCAACAAUGGAUUGCUCUUCCGCCCGCACCUCCAUGUCACGAACGGACAGUACCUUUGCCAGAGGGGUUUAUGUGCGAUCUUCCCUUGUAUAAUAAGUAUACAAAUGAUGAUGAUCUGAAAGGGCAUAAUAGUAAUAAUAUUGCAGAGCUUAAUACCAAUUACAGGUGCAAGGUUGUGAGAUUAAUUUGUCCCUGUUAUGGGAAAAAAUACAGCAAAUUCAAAGUGCAGAUCUUCUCCUCAGAGACUGGUCAAUGGAGAGAGACAAUUGUGUCAUCCCCACAAGAUAUUAGGCUCGAUACUGUCAAAUUUCAUAUUUGCUUUGCUAAUGCUUACAACAGAAUGUUGUAUUGGAUGGGUACUGUACACUUUCUCCUGGAGUUGGAUCCCUUCAUAAUCAACAAUGGUGAUUAUAAAUGUCGUCUCAUUAAUCUGAGGGAUCAUCAUUUUGACGGCAACAUAAUACUUUCUUGCCUGGGUGUGUAUGGAGGGCGUCUCAAGAUGUUUGACUUUGAAUUGACUACCAAUACUUUUUUAGUUUGGGACGUGAAUGUGAAUAAAGAAGAGUAUCAUGGAGGAUUUGAAAAGGUGUGCUUGGAGAACAUGACAAGUUAUAUACUGGAGGAAGACAUGGUUCGGAAGAGAGGAGACGUUCUAGCUUCUGAAUGUAUGGCUUUGGACCCAAACAAUGAGGAAAUUAUCUAUCUAGUUAUAGAUUAUGAGAUUGUCAUGUUCAACAUUCGUACAAGAAUCCAGUCGAAACUGGAUAAAAAGUAUACUAUUGAUUAUGGUUUGAACUGUGGGUUCUUCCAAGUUGUGGUACCAUGGUGGCCGACACCCGUUCCUAGACUACCACAAGAUGCUCAUGCUCAGUCCACUAAAAACCAAAGCCAGUGGGAGGAAGAAAUGGGGAAGGUCAUGUAG